AUGACUCGAGAAGUGGCUAUCCGGGAGUUGGUCGCCAAAGCGGGCUACCCCGGCCCUUGCCAGGACAUUCUGGACUGCUUGGAGGUGACACGCUACCAAACAAUUGUGGAAAGUGUGUCCUACCAAGACCUUGCAAGCUACGGCUUUCCCUAUGGUGGGCCUGGCAUCUGA